AUGGAGUUGAGGAAAUGGUCGUCAAAUUCUCCAGGGCUACGAGAAAAGUUCCAACAAGACGGGGACGAUUGUCUAGGAGUCGACAUCCAGGGCAUCCUUAGUUCUGUUUCAAAAAACGGCCAAAAAAAGAGAGCGGUGCUACAAGCUCUUGCAAGGAUUUUUGACCCUCUGGGACUGCUGAAUCCAUUCACCAUAGGAGCGAAGACACUAUUUCAGGAUCUGUGGAAACAUGAAGUGGAUUUUGACGAGAAGAUACCAGAAGGCUUCAUCGACGUCUGGGAGAGCUGGUGUCAACAGAUUUCGAGCAUAUCGGAUGUGGAGGUACCUCGUUGCAUUUCCACCCCAGGAGGAAGUUACUGUCAAGUUCAAAUGUUCUGCGACGCGAGCAAACGUGCUUACGGUUGUGCAGCCUACUUACGCUGGGUGAAUGACAAAGGUGAUUCUACAGCUAGAAUCAUUUGCUCUAAGGCACGGGUCUCACCCUUGAAGGAGUUAACAUUACCCCGGCUGGAACUCAUGGCGGCUGUGAUUGGAAUGAGAAUGCUGACCUACCUCCAGAGGGUAUUCGCUUUCCACUUUGAGUAUCGCAUGUGGAGUGAUUCAUCGAUCGUUCUAACCUGGAUUAAGCGUUCCAGUAGGGACUGGAAGACUUUUGUUGCAAAUCGGGUGCAAGAAAUUCAGUCCAGCAGCGACACCCGUUUGUGGAGGCAUUGUCCCAGUGCUGACAAUCCCGCAGACUUAUUAACACGCGGGAUAUCCGUAAAGAAGCUGGCGUCAUCCGAUCUAUGGUGGAGAGGCCCGCCAUGGCUCUCUGAGGAUACGACAUGCUGGCCUGACUUACUUGGAGAAUCAGAGGACGAAGCCGCUCUCAAGGAAAGAAUGCCAUGCACUGCUAACGUAUUCGUUGUCAACUCGGUGUCGCCUAUCCUUGACCUUGAACGCUUCAGUAAGUCAUCUAAAGUACUUCGGAUCACUGCAUGGGUCCAGCGUUUCAUAAAUAAUUAUCUCGGACGUAACGGGGUAUCAACGACUGCACUUACGGCGGAGGAGAUACACCAUGCAGAGUUGUUCUGGUUCAAAGUAAUACAAAAUUCUGCGUUCGAGGAAGAAAUCUCAAUUCUUCAACGUAAAGAAGAUAUUCCACCUUCCUCUCGAAUACAGCAGUUGCAUCCAUACCUCGAUGACGAGUCUGUGCUACGCCUUCAAGGACGCCUGCAAGAAUCCGAUCUAGCACAAGAUGGGAACCACCCGAUCCUUUUGCCACAUAACCAUCGCUUCGCAGAUUUACUGGCAAUGGAAACCCACCUUCGUCUCCUACACAGCGGAGUAAACGCCAUGCUUGUGGAACUGCGAGAGCAUUACUGGAUACUACGAGCACGAUCGUUGAUCAAGGGGAUCGUUCAUCGAUGUGGACGUUGUCAAAGACUUCGUUUAAAGCCCGCGCCGGUUGCUCCACUUCCUAAAGACCGUGUCUGUAAAACAAGUUCAUUUGGCAUCGUCGGUGUUGAUUUUGCCGGGCCACUGUACGCAAAAGAAAAGGCUGAAAAUGUGAAGGUGUAUAUAGCACUUUUCACAUGCGCGAUAACUAGGGCAGUGCACCUGGAACUGGUUAAAAAUAUCUCCACUUCGUCCUUUUUACUUGCAUUGCGCCGUUUCAUCGCCCGCAGGGGGAUUCCCGAAGUGAUAUAUUCGGACAAUGCUGCGAGCUUCAAGCGAGCAUCCAAAGAACUGCAAGGUUUCUCGUAA